CACGCUGCAGGCCAGCGCUCACAUUCUCGUGUCGCCUCCGCGCUAACACGGCACAGGAAAUUACCACAGGGCAAAAUAGGAGGAAACUCAUGCUUUUCUGAGCGCGUCUCGGUGUUUUUUUUUUUUUGCAUAGGAGGGGAAGAGAAAGAAAAAAAGGAGGGUUGGAGAAGAGAGAGAGAGAGACAAAAGUGGGUGGGAGGAGAAGGAGGACGGACCUGAGGAUCCAGACGAAGUUGAUAUCAAUUAAUAAUGUUGAAAAAGAGGUGGUAGACGUGCAGGAAAGCUGGCAUGGCGUUGUGGAGGCUGGCAGUGGGGAGGUCAGACACCAGCGACAUGCUGACAUGCUGACAUGAUCAUUGAGGCAGACCUGGAUGGGAUGGCAGCAGACUUAGGCCAUGCAGGUGGCGGACUAAAGACGAUGCUGGAUGUCAUGGAAGUUCCAAGUCAUGCGAGGGAUCUCCUCCUGCAGCUCAACAGUCAGCGCACCAAAGGCUUCCUGUGUGACGUCAUCAUCGUGGUGCAGAACGCCCUUUUCAGGGCGCACAAGAACAUUCUGGCGGCCAGCAGCCUCUACUUGAAGUCUUUGGUGGUCCACGACAAUCUCAUCAACCUCGACCACGAGAUGGUGAGUCCCGGGGUCUUCCGGGUGAUUCUGGACUACAUCUACACAGGACGCCUCACAGAAGGGGACCCCGCCUCUCCCACUGAGCCCAACCUGGGCGCCGUCUUGGCGGCGGCCAGCUAUCUUCAGCUGCUUGACUUAGUGGCUCUGUGCAAAAAGAAGCUGAAAAGAAACGGCAAGUACCCUCCUCGCACUGGGCCUGCCUUCCUCACCUAUGCAAAAAUGGGGCCUGGUAUGGGUUUAGGCAGUGGAGGUCGGUACAGGGUGUCCACACCUGUCAUCCAGCCAUGCCCUCCGGGGGGGAUUAUGAACAGCCACACACCCCGGCCUCCCCCACUCGAGGAGCUGGUUCCCCACCGGCUUGCCAUCCAUGCUGGUGAGCUGUACGCUCCCACCUCCACUCAAAGCUCCCAGAUGUUCCCGUCCAUGCAGUCGGUUCUACCGGCCCAGCUUGGCCUACGUUCAGCCCUUCCGGAGAGAAACUGCUCCCCCAACUAUGGCCUUGAUCUCUCAAAGAAGAGUCCUAACUCCCAGUCCCAGCACACUCUCUCCCAGUCGCAUGUGGUCACCAACCACAAUGACGAGGAGCGAGAUGGGACCCCGAACGGACGCACCAGUCCCACGAACGGAAGAGCCUUCCCCUCGGAAAAAAUGGAGACAACAGAUCAGACUCUAACCCCACCUUCUUUUCCCCAUCACAAUCAUCCACUCGGUCCCCAUCUCCCCCACCUCCAUCGUUCGAGAUCACAGGGUACGGAGCGCUACCCGUGCCCCGCAAGCCCGGACACCCCCACUGAAAACGGGGAGUCCGGAAGAGAGGUGGGUAACAUCUAUCGCUGGGUGAAACACGAGCCUCUGGCAUACACAGGUGAAGACGAGGAGGAAGAAGAGGAGGAGGAGGACGGGGGUGAGAACGGAGAGCGGCGACACAAUCACAACAAGAUCGGCGAGGAAAGCGAGGGCCCGGACGACAAGAGCGGCUCUGGCACGGAGGAGACGGGCAGCAGCGAAGGUCGCCCUUCCCCUUCAGGUCCAAUGGGGAGGUUCCACGUGCCGUACGAGCCGGAGAGUUUUGGGGACAACCUGUAUGUCUGCAUUCCCUGUGACAAGGGCUUUCCAAGCUCAGAGCAGCUCAACGCGCAUGUGGAAACACACACGGAGGAGGAGCUGUAUGGUAACUCAGGCGGGGAGCUGGCAAACAGCAACAGCAGCAAGAACAUCAACAAUAGCACCAAUGGCUACGGGGGCUUGAGCAGCACCAACAGUCUGAACAGCCUGUCCCACCUGGAGACGAAGUCCAGUCAAGCUUUGGCUUCAGGGGCCAUAGCGGAGAUGAUCCGUCCAUACCGCUGCUCCUCCUGCGAAAAGUCCUACAAAGACCCCGCCACUCUGCGUCAGCACGAAAAAACCCACUGGCUGACCCGGCCGUACCCCUGCAGCAUCUGCGGCAAGAAGUUCACGCAGCGCGGAACCAUGACUCGCCACAUGCGCAGCCACCUGGGCCUCAAGCCUUUCGCCUGCGACUCCUGCGGGAUGCGCUUCACCCGCCAGUACCGCCUCACCGAGCACAUGCGCAUCCACUCCGGGGAGAAGCCUUACGAGUGCCAAGUGUGCGGAGGGAAGUUUGCCCAGCAGCGCAAUCUGAUCAGUCACAUGAAGAUGCACAGCAGCGGGGGUUCCGCGGGGGGCCUCACCACCGAAGGAAAACUGAAGCUGGACUUUGCCGAGGGCAUCUACCCACUGAGCAAGUACACGGCGGAGCAUCUGGGGCUGAAACAGGAGAAGGCCAACGAGCUCCUCAUCCAGGCGCAGCAGCAGCUGGUCGCUGACGCCAAGGUCAUGGAGAGCCUUUACCCGCUCUCCAAACUGGCGUCCGAGCACCUCGGAGGCCUCGUCCACGACAAGAUGGACGGUCUGUGCCAAGUUCUGCCCCCUCCCCAACAAGCUCUCUCUGAGACCCGCACCAUUGACCGCUACUCGCCCAGCUAAUAGCACACAGCCCCCACGCCAAGGCCGGUAACCGGAUGCCAUAUGCAGUAUUCUGACACCACGCACCUCGACUGAAUCUGCACCCCAGACUGGAGAGGCGUCAGUCUGCUGGUGCGCGACAAACUGUGUUGACUGUAAGUGCCUUUCUACGCAUCUAACCUUUGAAGCCUCCUUCCUCAAGGAGCACUGUGCUAUCUCUCCUGUGACCAAGGGACACUCGCUUGACAGAAGCACAGUAUUUAUGUGUGUGUUUGCAGAUAUUGAGCCAAAGCAACAAAUUGAAAACCAAAAAAAGAAAAAAAAAAAAGCUUAUUUAUUUUUUUGUAUGAUGAAAUCCAAAGAGAAACCUUAGCCUUAAGCCUGUGUUUAUAGAAACAAAUGCACAUAAAGGACAAGAUUCAGGGUUUUUGUCCAGAUCUUUUAGCAAAUAAUAAAGUCAACUAUUCUGGACUUUAAAAGAA